AUGAACAAAGAAGGAGUCAAAAUCUCCAAUAAAAAGGGGUCUAAUUCAUCACAAAACAAAUAUACUCAAAAUGCCCACAAUCAAUCUCUACAUAUAAGAGACAGAUCGAGUUGGAGCAAAAGCUUGUUCCGAUUUAAUUAACCAACUAAGAAGGCUUUCAAGAUUUAAAAUAAUGCAAGUUAAAACGAGUAAUCUUAAUUAAAUGUUUUUGGUAUUAGAAGAGAACUUGCUAAAUUGUUCUACAACUGCAUUAAUAAAUAAUAGAGAUAUACUGGCUAAAAAAAAAUGAAUCUUGAAGCACAGAUGGAUUUAGAAUGUUCUCGUUGCAUUGUUCAUUAGAACUUUUGGGUUCAAUAAGUCAUCAGAAAUAAAAAUAGGAUAUAAAUGGAUUAGAAUACCUUUAAAAGCUAAAAAAACAACCAACACAAGGAUUCAGCAGUUUCAUCAUUAGUUAAGUUUAGAGUACUAAAAAUAAAUGUAGUAGAUGCAGACUAACUAUCAAAGAGAAACAAUUUAUACUAAAACCUUACCCCAGGAUCCUUACCUACAAUUUUUAGUGGGGGGACAGAGAAAAGAAAUUCAUUCUACGAAGAUGAUAUUAUGCAUGAUGUUUGGUACUUACUAGAUGAUCAUAAGAAUAAAAUAUUUUAUGAAUGGCAUUAAGUAGUGGAGUUUUGUAUUUCAACAGACGAUUGUCUACCAACGAUAGUUAUUUAUGAAGCUUAGAGUAGGGAAGAUAAAUAUUAAAUCCCUUAGAAAGAAUUAAGAAUCUCUGAUCAAAUUUACUAGAAAAUUAAGUAAGAUUGUAUAAAAAGAGAUGAAAUCAUAAAAGAUUUGAAGGGAGAUUAACAAUAACAAAUUUAGCAGUAAAAAAUUUUUGAAGAAAUUCGACAGAGUAGAUUACAAAAUGAAUCUAGUUAGUAACAAUAAAAGAUAAGUUAAUAAGACGGCUUUUUGUAUUCGAGUGGCAAUGAAAGGUCAAGGCAUUACCCAGAUUAUGAAUUCGAUUUUGGCCAAGAUUAUCUCUUCAAUCAGUUAGACAAAUAAUAAUUGUAGGAGAAUUUAGAUGUAAAAAAGAAUGAUAAAUCACCUCCUUUACGAAAUGCCUAAAAUAAUGAUUUUGAAUCUUAGGUUAGUCUACAUGUAUCUUCAAAAAAUGAUAAGCAAAUAGAUAACUAGCAAAUCAGCAUCACUCAACUUAUGAAAGAAUAUAAAGAUGAUAACAUUUUCUUGUUUUAGUGCUAAUAUUGCCAGAGAUAUAUUAUGCUUCACCUUAAAUAAUGCUACAUGUGUUCCUCUGAUAAUCCGUACUAUGAUGAAGGACUCUCAAUAGUUAGAGAAGUUGAAUAAAUAGUAGUCUAGCAUCUGAGCAAUUAUUAUGGAAUAGAUAUCAUUUUGUCUGAAUAUGAAAUAAAAUCUUCAAAUUUAUUUCAAGAAAAAUAAUAUUAACAAAACACAGCUAUCAAUACUAAAAUCCCAGGGUAAAUUAAAGUUUGUCAAGCUAUUAUACAGGAACAAGAUAUAACCCAGCAAGGUCUGGAUAUAUAUUCUGCAAGAUAACCGAUCACUCAUCAAAUAGACCAUGAAUACGGUCUUCAUGUCAAUGUUAAGAACUAAGAAAUUUAAUCUUAAAAUGUCACAACACAUUAUUAAAAAGAAAUUAUUAAAAAUUCUCCUAAUGAAUACUAAAAUUCAGGUCACAGAGGUAGAGCCCCCAAUACUAGAGAAAAUAAUAGAGAUUUGUUAAAAUCUUCCUUUCUAAAAACUUCGAUUGAAUAAUAGAAUAAAAAGCGAGAAUAUACUGUUAAGCCUCCUAGUUCAUUCUAAAGAAGUAGUGCUCUAUUAGGAUUAUAGUAUAAGGCAAAAUAUCUUAUUAAGGAUGAGCCUAAUUCUAACUUAGAGAGGAUAAAAUGUCCUUUUUGCCUCUUAAUCUAACUUUUCAAUUUAGAAUAGUGCAGAAGAUGCGGUGUGGUAUUUUCUAAGUUGCACAAGGAAGAGUAUAGAUACGCAUGA